GAAGAAAGUAAACGUUUAGCUGUUAAUGAAAAACAAAAGCGCGAAGAAUUGUCCAGUAAAUUUGAGAAUACUAUUUGGGAAAUCAAGUCAAAAAUGGAGGAAGAUGCAGAUGAGAAAAAGAAACGAACCGAAGACAAUGAAUUGUUGAAAGAUAAGUUCCGAAGCUUUUUGGAACAAUAUGAACUCCGUGAAAAGCAUUUCAACAGUGUCAUUCGAUCAAAGGAUUUAGAGCUACAACUAUAUGAAGCAAAGCUACAACAGCAAAAACAAUUGACUGAACAAGAGGUCAAUAAAGUUACUUCCUUGAAAGGUCAAGUUGACGUGUUAUCCAAAGCUGAAGCUGAACUACAUAGACAUCUAAAUGUUCACAUUGAUAAAUUUAAACAAGUAGAAGAAACUUUAAAUAAAAGCAAUGAACUUUUUGAAACUUUUCGCAAAGAAAUGGGACAGAUGACCCAGAAGACAAAAAAACUCGAGAAGGAGAAUGCAUUAAUAAAAGGGAAGUGUGUUACGAUGAAUAAAAAUAUUCUAGAAAUGGCAGAGGAAAGAGCACGGGAUCAAAAGUUUAUAGAGGAUACAAAGAGGAAGGAAGUAAACUUAGAAAAUUUGUGCAGGGCACUUCAAGCGGAAAGAGCUCUUCUAAAAAAAAAGGUAGAGUCUUUAGAAUUAUUAACAUCUUCAAUUCGACAAUCAAGUGACGAGGAGACUGAUGGAGGAUUAAUCGGCUAUUGCUCUGGAGAGGUUGAAUUGUGUGGUAAUGACAACAAUCAUGAUGAGGCUUCGGGAACAGAAUUCCAUAAAAUAGAUCAAAGUUGUAAUCAAGGAACAAGUCAAAAUUAG